GAGGAGAGGGAGAGAGAAGGAGAGAUGUGAGAGAUAGACAGAGAUAGGGAGAGAGAGAAGGUGAGAAACGAAGGAGGGGGAGAGAUAGGAGAGAAGUGGGGAGAGAGGAGAGGGAGAAGCAGAGGGAGAGGAACUUCGAGGCUCCACAGAUCGAGAGAGUAAAAGAACGAAAGAAAGAUAGCGGGGCGUCGUUGAGUUAAACCAUUCAGAGUCAGAUGACAGGAUGAGUGGAAAGAGGGACAGAGAGAGGGAGGGAGUGAGGGAGGCAGUGUGAGAGCUAACUGUCAGACACGUUACAGACCUCUGACAACAUGGGCGCUGUGGUGGGCACGUUAACCAUGGGGGAGAGGACCAAGGGGGAGAGGAGGAGGCCAUCCAGAGAUAAAAUAGAUGAUGAUUUUGAGUUGAGCAUUGUGUGUCAUCGGCCAGAAGGGCUGGAUAAACUAGAGGCUCAGACCAACUUCAGCAAGCAAGAGCUGCAAGUGCUCUACCGAGGCUUCAAAAACGAGUGCCCUAGUGGGGUGGUGAAUGAGGACACCUUCAAACAGAUAUACGCACAGUUCUUUCCCCAUGGAGAUGCCAGUACCUACGCACACUACCUGUUCAACGCCUUUGACUCAGCACACAGUGGAUCCAUCAAGUUUGAGGGCUUUAUCAUGGCGUUGUCCACCCUGCUGAGGGGUUCAGUGAGGGAGAAACUGACGUGGACAUUCAACCUGUACGACAUCAACAAAGAUGGCUACAUCAACAAGGAGGAGAUGACAGACAUCGUCAGGGCGAUAUAUGACAUGAUGGGGAAGUACACCUACCCUGCCCUGAAGACAGACACUCCCAAACAACAUGUGGAUGCCUUCUUCCAGAAGAUGGACAAGAACAGAGAUGGAGUAGUCACUCUGGAUGAGUUCAUUCUGUCUUGCCAGGAGGACGAAAACAUCAUGAGGUCCCUGCAGCUCUUCAAAAAUGUCAUAUAGACCACACAGAGAAAAGGAGAGAAAAGACACAGAGAAAGAAAGACCGGGAGGAAUUGGAAGAGAUGCUUGAGCUGUGAGAAGGAAAAGCAGCCCGCCAUUUAAUGGAAAAAAGAGGCACAAAUAAACUUUGUUGUCACCAUGGUUACGAGAGGUACUCAACACCGGCUGCCCAACAACAGCUAUACACACCAGUCGUGUGGCACAGUGUCUCACGAUCAUGUUACCAUGGCAGUGACCAUCAACGGGCUGGGUUAUGACCCUUGCCAUUGACCUCUGACCCCUGUACCUGUUUUUGAACUUCCUGUGACUCUGUAACCUUUCACCCUAGUCCUCUCUGUCUUGUUCUGUUGAUGUUGUUAUGGUUACUGAUCUCUCUGAGAGUGUAUAUCACACCUGUUAGUGUACCUACUGACAAACACACACAAAGAUUAAGGCAUACACACAUACCUUGGAUUGAAUCCUCAAUCGACUACCAAAUAACAAAUACAUAAUCAAUACAUUUUCAUCUGUAGAAUUCAUCUGAUUGGUAUUUGACCUUUAAGAAAAAUGCAUUUGAACCAAGUCAGUCCUAACCCUGCUAAAUGCAGAUCUCCUACAGAAUGUGUGUUAGUGUUAUUCAAUGGUUUUGGUGUUGUGGUGACUUGUGUCAUAGUGUUUUUGGCUUCUAUCUUUCUGUCUGCAAUGAGCUCUUUUCAUCUGUGUCGUGGUUGGUCUCUUUGUCUGUCAAUCUAAGUCAUGGCCAGACGACAUCCCGCCCACAGGGCCUGGAUUGGAUGUUAUGUGGCCUAUGAUAGACAUAUACAGUGGUAGGAAGUUAUUGCAAGUCCCAUUUUGAAGUGUAUUCUUAUGUGGGAUAUUACGACUGAACAGUAACAUCUCUCAAGACAAUACCCAACCACUCACUGUGACCAGAGAGAGAGAGAGAAAGAGACCUUGUCACUGAGAAUACAGGAAUAAAGCCAUGACAGAUGACAAUAGCCUCAUCAAUGUGAAGACUUACUGACAAGAAAAUACAAAAUCCCUUUCCUCACAGUUACCUCACAGAAAACAUCAGUGUAUUCAAAUGUGGUGCAAAAUGAUAUUUAACAAACUUCUCUGAAAAAAAUGGUGACGUUUGAUAUUUCUUCUUUGAGUAAAACAAA